AAGCCGUCCAGGAACUGAAGCACUUGGCAUGGCCUGUGCACCACGGUGGGCCAUGCUGCGAUGAUUCCAGAAAAAAGGUGGCUUUAAUUUUGAAGGUCGCAUAGAUGUAUGGCAAAGUUUGCAGUGUGUUUCGAGUACCUGCCUACAAAGAAAUGUGUGAGGUUAAACAGCUGUCCUGUUUCCACCCUUCCAUGGCGGUGAAAUUCGCCGAGGACGGCAAAACACAACUUCAACAUGGAGGCAGGCGGGCAUAGAAGAAGGAGUAGGCGUUUUAGUGACCUGCCUGCCCUAUUGGCCCCAGAGACAAUGAGAUGUUGAUAGCUGAUGCUCGUCCUCUCUCGCCUACCCCUCAGUCUCCGGGAGCUUCCUCACCCCAGCCGCCAACAACUCAGCCUAAAACACCACCCUCACGGCCUUGCAGCCUUCUCGAUGGCUUUUUGAUAGUGUUUCUGGUGAACAGGAUGAAAUCUGCUGGGACAUUCCACUCUCUCUGGAACAUGCAGAAGGGAUCCUGGGAAAUAUGACUGAAGACAGCAAAGAUUACAGAGAUUAUAGCCUUCAGUUCAUGAAUAUUCCAGGACACAGAUUACUGCACCCAAAUAGGGUAUUGGAAAUGCAAUCAGUGGGACAGUUUGUGAAGUAACAAAGUGAAAUAUUCAGAAAGAAGAGACCCUUUUGCAGGGUGCUUUAAAUGUAGCUGCUUAAAAUAACCCAUUGGACCAAACAGAUGUACCUCAAGAAUUAAGACACUUUCCUGGAAAGAGUUUCCAGAUUGUUUGAACUUCUCUGGCCGCACAAUACAGGAGGGAAGACUGAAGCAGCAUAGGGACUCACAGUCUCUGCAGCAUGGGCUGGUUCGCUAGGAUUGUCUGUCUUUUCUGGGGAGUAUUACUUACAGCCAGAGCAAACUAUCAAAAUGGGAAGAACAAUGUGCCAAGGCUGAAAUUAUCCUACAAAGAAAUGUUGGAAUCCAACAAUGUGAUCACUUUCAAUGGCUUGGCCAACAGCUCCAGUUAUCAUACCUUCCUUUUGGAUGAGGAACGGAGUAGGCUGUAUGUUGGAGCAAAGGAUCACAUAUUUUCAUUCAACCUGGUUAAUAUCAAAGAUUUUCAAAAGAUUGUGUGGCCAGUAUCAUAUACCAGAAGAGACGAAUGCAAAUGGGCAGGCAAAGAUAUCCUGAAAGAAUGUGCUAAUUUCAUCAAGGUGCUUAAGGCUUAUAAUCAGACCCACUUGUACGCCUGUGGAACAGGGGCUUUUCAUCCAAUUUGCACCUACAUUGAAAUUGGACAUCAUCCUGAGGACAACAUCUUUAAACUGGAAGACUCACAUUUUGAAAAUGGCCGUGGCAAGAGUCCUUAUGACCCAAAAUUGUUGACAGCAUCUCUCUUAAUAGAUGGAGAAUUAUAUUCUGGAACAGCAGCUGAUUUUAUGGGGCGAGACUUUGCCAUUUUCCGAACUCUUGGACACCACCACCCAAUCAGGACAGAACAGCACGAUUCCCGGUGGCUCAAUGAUCCAAGGUUCAUUAGUGCCCACCUCAUCCCAGAGAGUGACAACCCCGAAGAUGAUAAAGUAUACUUUUUCUUCCGUGAAAAUGCAAUAGAUGGAGAACACACUGGAAAAGCCACUCAUGCUAGAAUAGGUCAGAUAUGCAAGAACGACUUCGGGGGACAUAGAAGUCUGGUAAAUAAAUGGACAACAUUCCUCAAAGCUCGUCUGAUUUGCUCUGUGCCAGGUCCAAAUGGCAUUGACACUCAUUUUGAUGAACUACAGGAUAUAUUCCUAAUGAAUUCUAAAGAUCCUAAAAAUCCAAUUGUAUAUGGAGUGUUUACAACUUCCAGUAACAUUUUCAAGGGAUCGGCCGUGUGUAUGUAUAGCAUGAGUGAUGUGAGAAGGGUGUUCCUUGGUCCAUAUGCUCACAGGGAUGGUCCCAACUAUCAGUGGGUGCCUUAUCAAGGAAGAGUCCCCUACCCACGGCCGGGAACUUGUCCCAGUAAAACAUUUGGUGGAUUUGAUUCUACAAAGGACCUUCCAGAUGAUGUUAUUACAUUUGCCAGAAGCCAUCCAGCCAUGUACAAUCCAGUGUUUCCUAUUAAUAACCGCCCGAUAAUGAUCAAAACAGAUGUAAAUUAUCAGUUUACACAAAUUGUAGUAGAUCGAGUUGAUGCAGAAGAUGGCCAGUAUGAUGUCAUGUUUAUUGGAACAGAUGUUGGAACCGUUCUUAAAGUAGUUUCAAUUCCUAAGGAGACUUGGCAUGAUUUAGAAGAAGUUUUGCUGGAAGAAAUGACAGUUUUUCGGGAACCAACUGUUAUUUCAGCAAUGGAACUUUCCACUAAGCAGCAACAGCUGUAUAUCGGUUCCAGCGCAGGGGUUGCCCAGCUGCCGCUGCACCGCUGCGACGUGUAUGGAAAAGCCUGCGCGGAGUGCUGCCUGGCUAGAGACCCCUAUUGCGCCUGGGACGGCUCCGCCUGCUCCCGCUACUUUCCUACUGCCAAGAGACGUACAAGACGACAAGAUAUAAGAAAUGGUGACCCACUGACUCACUGUUCAGACUUACAACACCAUGAUAAUCACCAUGGCCACAGCCUUGAAGAAAGAAUCAUCUAUGGAGUAGAAAACAGCAGCACGUUCCUGGAAUGCAGCCCAAAGUCACAGCGAGCCCUGGUCUACUGGCAAUUCCAGAGGCGAAAUGAAGAGCGAAAAGAGGAGAUCAGAGUGGAUGAUCAUAUCAUCAGGACAGAACAAGGCCUCCUACUGCGCAGUCUCCAGCGCAAGGAUUCAGGUAAUUACCUCUGUCAUGCUGUGGAGCACGGAUUCAUGCAAACGCUUCUUAAAGUGACCCUGGAAGUCAUUGACACAGAGCAUUUGGAAGAACUUCUUCAUAAAGAUGAUGAUGGAGAUGGCUCGAAGACCAAAGAAAUAUCCAACAGCAUGACCCCUAGCCAGAAGGUCUGGUACAGAGACUUCAUGCAGCUCAUCAACCACCCCAACUUGAACACAAUGGAUGAGUUCUGUGAACAAGUUUGGAAAAGGGACCGAAAACAACGUCGGCAAAGACCAGGACACACCCAAGGGAACAGUAACAAAUGGAAGCAUUUACAGGAAAACAAGAAAGGUAGAAACAGGAGGACCCAUGAAUUUGAGAGGGCACCCAGGAGUGUCUGAGCUGCAUUACCUCUAGAAACCUCAAACAAGAGGAAACUUGCCUAGACAAUAACUGGAAAAAAAUGCAAUAUACAUGAACCUUUUUCAUGGCAUUAUGUGGAUGUUUACAAUGGUGGGAAAUGCAACUGAGUUCCGCCAAUUAUAAAUUAAGUCCAUGAGUAACUAAUCUAACAGGCUUUCUUCCUAAUACCAACACCUAAAAGAGGUCAGGUGAACACAAGCGUUCACUUUAGCAGACUUAAUGUUUCCUAUAAGAUUUCAUUGUAUAGGUUUCACUUUCUUCUUUGCCUGAGAAAUAAAAAUGUCACUUGCCAUAUCACCACCUAAAGAAGAAAACCGCAUCAGCAAAGCCAUUUUAUUGAACUAAAAGUUUAAAAUAAAACUGCAUGGAUUUACUAAGCUGAUGGUUAUUCCAAAAUGUGGUUGGAUUCAAGGAUACGUUUUUGUCUACCAGCACUCGUGUUUAUAUGUACUGGAGGAGUAAAAUGAGUAAAAUGAUACUGAAUGAAAUGGUCUGUGGAAAUAUAAAAAACAUAAACCAUCCAUCAUCCAGAAAAAAAAAAUGGAAUACACUGAUCUACUACUGAUGUCUUCUUUCAGCUUUGAUCUAAAGAUGUAUUUUAUUAAAACUAUAAUUUAAGUGUACCAUGACAAAUAUGCAGUAAAAAAUUAGCUCUUUUCUAAGCUAGAGUAGGCUUUUGUCUUACAAUUAUUGUGCUAUCUAGUUUUUGUUUUAAAAUUCCAACUGUGUGCUGCUUUUUUUUCAACAUUUUCUUUUCAGUUCUGCAGGAAGGGUAGCCAAUAUUGUCCUAGAAACACACAUACAUUAUUAACAGUUAAUUCCUUAAACCUGGAUAUAAAUUAAGCUUCAUUUCUCUGAGGAAUUCAAACAAGUAGCAAUUCCCUUUAAGUAUUAUAUAAAUUAAUUUUAAUCUGCAUAAUGUUUUUAGAAAAACAGAGCAUUUAACCAGAAUAAAAAGGGAAGAAACAAAUCAAUUUGUUAAAUGUAUUUUAUUGUACCUAAUGGGUCAUUGAAGUGAAAAAGAACUGCAUAUUCCAUGAAUACAAUAAGCAUUGUUUUAAUAGUGUCGAUAGAAAAUGUCUCUUUAUUCUGUCCUUCUUUAAUCCCUGCAUAUUUAAGGCAUAAAACUCUUCAUGAUUCCAUUAGAAAUACUUGUUUCACCUUUUUUUGAAAAGAGAAAGAACAGUAAUAAUUCUAACAACUUAAAAGCAAAUUUGCCAACUCUGUUUACAUAUGUAUUAGCUGCCACUUACCUUGUUUAAGACAGUUAUCUCUCUUAUUAAAGAACAUAUGGUUCCUUUUAUGUCAAUAGGAGUGAUUUUUAUACAACUGUUUUCCAGGACAUAACCCACAUUUAACACUUGCAAAAUUUUGUCUUCUGCACAAUUUUUCAAAUAUUAUAAAAUAUUCACUUAAGACUUGCCUCCUUCUCUGUCCUAAGAUGAUUCUUUGAGAAUCAUUGACUCCAAGAUGUAUAAGAUCUUCACCAGUUUCUUUCGCGCUGAAAUCACCUUUCCAAGAACCCCUUCCUAGGUCCUUCAUCAUGCACAAAAAAAUGCAAAGAGACGUUUUACUGGUAAUUAAUGAAGCAACAUUGAAAUUCUAACUCUAGCUGUCUUGGAAUUCUAAUUAACUCGGUAUUAAUUUCUCACCUCAGAGUAGAGUGAAGUUUUAAAAUAACUCUCUAUCAGUUGAAUUAUUUCACAGAUGGAAACCCAUGUUUCAGUUUUAAUGAUUACUUUGAAUAUACAAUUUGUUGACACUCAUUUCAAAUGAAAACCUAAAAAUAUUCUACACUCAAUUUUAGGCGCCAUUGAUUAGUAUGGUGUUACUUUUGAAAGCACAUUCUCAUUUAGAAGCUGAGAUGUUAGAUUAUUUUAAGGACACACUCCUGUGGAGGAAAAAAAUGUCUAAAAUAUAAAUUCAAGAACAGUGUGCUCCAAAAAUAAGUCCAUUUUUUAUUUUCAUAGAAUAUAUUAACUCUACUAAAAUUCAUUGCUGCAUUUCAUUCUCAGUUUGCCGCUGAAACAAACUUACUUGCAAUAACAGAAGUAUGCUAUUUCUUAUCAGUCCUCAAAAAUAAAGGAUUUAAAAGGAUAGAUAUUAUAACUACAAGUAUACCUUCCAAUAUAUGUAUGCAUUUUGUUUAGCAAUAUGAACUAACAAUAGAAAGUCUAGACUUUAAUUAAAAUAAAUAAACACAAACAAAUCCACUGGCAUGUCUUCAUAAAUCAUCACAUCUACAUUUUCAAAGAAAAUUAUAGGUACAACUUUUGGAUAGAUAAUUUCUAUUCACAUAUAAUCUCCUGCCACUGUGUAUUGAGAGGGGGCAGUUUACACAAAAAAUAACAUCCCAUUUAAUUUAAUUAUAAUAGACUUUGGCAUAUGCAUGUAUCAUCAAAGUUGAAACUUUGUUAAGAGACUGGGUGUGAUGUUAAGCAAAUUAUGGUGGUCAUCUUAAAGUAGGAAAAAGGUACAUCACAACAGAGAAAUUAUGGCCUACUUGAAAUCAAAUGUAAGACAUAAAUGCAUGUAAAUGCACACUUAAUGCUACUUUUAUGUAUUAUUUAGUGAUUUUCAAUGGUAUGUGUUUAAUAUUUUUGCUACCUACACAUUAGGCAAAGAGAUGUAAAUACUUUUGAAAAGAAGAGGAAGAACAGUGUAAAAUGCAACUUUUUUAUGGGUACUCCAUUUCAAUGUGCUCAACAUCAUCCUAAAAUGCAAGAUUUUUCCACACAGGUGACGAAGUGGUAUAUGUGCUAUUUCAGGGUAGAAAGUGUGCACCCAUUUGAUAAGCAUGUUUUUUGCCAGAUAGUAAAAAUGUUCCAUAUCUGUAUCUAUCAUUGCAUUUCAGAUGGGAACUAGAAAACUGGAGAGAAAAAAUGUAAUGGAAUUGCUGCUGUAAAUUAUUCAUUUUAGCAUGUAUUCAGUUGCUAAAUACACAUUUCUUCAAAAUAUUUGAAUUCAGAUGUCUUUACUAUUCCUUGUAGGAUAUGAUUUCAGGGGACAUAAUUAUAGAAGAUGUUAAGACCCACAAUCAUAUUUCUUCAUUUUAGUUUUCUGUAAACUAGGUACUGUAUUUAUGGUGGUGAUUUGAAUUUUUAUGCCCAUUAAGUGAAAUACUACUAUUUUUAUGUCAUACCUAAAAAGGAAAUGUGGGGGUGAAAUUCUAUAGUGUGUUUUAUCAUCAUCAGUUUGAUUUCAUCAUGAUAUCUAAAGAUGCCUGAUGAUUGUUACUGAGAUUAUCCUAAAGAUCAUCAGCAAGCAUUUUAUUAAUAUGGAGUUAUUAGUAUAAUAUUUUUAAAUUUUGGUUUUAUUAAUUCAUUAUCUAAACACAACUUGCAUUCACUUUAAUGGAAAUUUAUCAGUUUCAUGGUUUCCAAGACACAUUUCACAACUAGGAUUCGAUGUGAUCUUACUGUAUAACACCAUUGAGAUAUAAAUUGGCCUAAUGCCAGACAAACAUGCUUUUUAGUUUAGCUUUGUAAUAAUUAUUUGAAUCAAUGCUAAUGUUUGCAAAAUAUGUUUCAUAAAGAAGAAAAUAUUUUAAAUUUACUUUUAUAAACAUCCUUACAUCCUUGUUUAAAACAAUAUAAGAUUUCACAAUAUAGAUUUCUCUGCUCAGGUGUGGUCACCAUAGUUUUCCCAGCCCCAAAGUGCCCACAGCCUUCACCACUCCUCCCCCUGUUCUCUACUCCCCUCUGAAAAUGUUAUUUUUAUAAGCCUGAAAAAUCCUAUUUGUUUAUUUGAUUUCCAACAUCUUCUCUGUCUUAAUUUACUUAAUUUACUUUCUCUGUGUUAAUUUACUUUGUUUAAAUUAAUCUAUUAAGACGACCUCUAAAAGAAAGAGAGAAUGAAGUAGCAGAAAUGGUGUCUCACAUAGUAUGGCAACUUUCAGAAUGAUCAUGACCAAAGCAAAAGGCUUGUUUACAUUUUAAAUGUGCAGGCACACCCAGAGGCAGAGUUAACAAAUAGAAUCAAACAAAGCAAAAGAAUGAGUUUGAAAAUAAAUUGUACUUCUACAUACAUUACCCUGUACAAUCAGAUUUCUACCUGUUAAAUUCUACUUACAGAUCUUUCUUAUAUACAGUAAGCAGGCACUGGGUAGAUGAUGUGGCUACUGACAUGAGUGAGACAUAAUGCUGGACAUCAAGGAACUCACAGUGAAAUAAAGGAAACAGAAACGAACACUAUUUACCAUCAUCUUACUGGGCAAGCCCCUCCUGAUCUUUCCAUACCUAGAUUAACCUAACCACCUCUCUAUGCUAAAACUGUGCCUUGUAUAUACUUUUUUAUUGCCACACUUUAUCACCAAAGUAUAAUUUCUUUGUCCCCUUCUCCCUUUCUAGACUGUAAGCUCCAUGAGGGCAGGUUUUGUAUCUAAUUUAUUUCUACCCCCCCCAACCCCCCCAACCCAGUGCCUAGUAUGAUGUCUAGCCCAGAGAAGGAGCUCAAUAAAUCAUUGUUGGAAAGAACCAGGUUAAAAUGUGAUAAGUGCCAAAUGCAAGCUCACAAAAAAAAGUAUUAUAUGAUCACACAAGAGGGAGGAUUUAAUUUAAGGAGAGAGAGCAUGGAAAGAUUCAGGAUAUAAAUGACAUGCAAGCUGUGAAUUGAAAUAUAAGUCAGAUGAAGUAACAGAUGAAGUAAAAGAAGGGCAAUCUAGGCAGGGGGCUGGAGAGGUGGGAAAAAUGCUUUUAUUGUGGGAACAAGUGUUCCAAAUGGAGAGAUCACAGGGUUCAGAAAAGUAAAAUGUCCCCCAACUGAGGCCAAAUUGUACAUUUGGUUUUUCUUGACUUUUGAUGUAUUGCCCUCUAUUUGUACCCCACAUUUUCAUCAUCGGCACAUGGUGUGCCACACAUUUCUUCCUUCCACCUCUUCACCCCUUUUGCUAUCCCUCGCAACCUUAACAUCUUCAUGUUGAUCUUUUUUCUCUUUAUUUAUUUAUAUAUAUAUUUGAUCUUUUUUCUCUUUAAUCAGCUGUGGUCUCAGAACUAGUUACACAACCAUUAUCAAACUAAUUUUCGUAUCAAAAUCUCCUCUCUAGUUCAACCUACCAUGUGCCAGGUGGAAUGUGAGAUUCGGCAGAUGAAUUACUGGGAGCAGAGAGCUUCAUCAGGCUGACCCUUCUGUGCUCUAACCCAGGUCAAAUCAAGUUUCUCUUAUAUUUCACCUACCUACAGCAUUAGCUCACUCAUUUAGUAUUAGACUGCUGGGUCACAGCUUCCAACAUUGCCUUGCUAAUUAGCAACAUGAUUGAUUCUUAAACAUUCACUGAAGUAUUCAAACAUUAAACCCUGUGUUUGAUUUUCAGUGGGUAAACUAGGUGGAGUUCUUUGUAGCUAAGUAAUGAUGCAGGUGAGGUUAGCACACAUAAUGAAUAAGCAAAGAUGCCUUUGUUUGUUAAACAAACAAAAAAGAGAAAAUGUAAAAAUGAGAAGGCUUAGCUGCAUCUUGAAUCUGUCAACCUCAUACCACCAUUAUGCUAAACUGUCAUUUUUUUUUCUCAUAUAACAAAAGAAUGUAUUUUAUUUCUCUUAAUCUAGACAUUAUAUUUAUAGGCACAUUGUUUAUUCACUAUCUAAGCAAAAGUUUUCAUAAAUAUGCUCAAGUCAUCACAAUUUGGGUAAUUUUGAAGUCUCAAAUUUCACCCUUUCUUUGUAAAUCUCACUGAAGCAUUAGGCCUCAAGUAAGUGCAUUUUAAAAAAAUCCAUGUCAUUUUUGCAGCUCACAUCUUAAAUGUUUUGAUUAUUUUGUAGAUAACUAAUUCCACAGAGACCAAACCAUUUUUUGACAAGUUUUGUGUCUAAAAUUAAACAGAAUUUCUACUUUAUGGUUUUUUCACACUGAGUUAUUUUGUUAGUGCUGAAGUUUCCAUCUCAAUUUAGCCCUACUGAGCAAAACCAUUUUUUUUUAAUUGAGCUAACAUUGGUUUACAAUGUUGUACAUGAUUUAGAAGUAUAGGGCUUUUUUAAAAAUACCUCAAUUUUUAAGAGGUUUUUAUCCUUGAAUUUCAAAAACAAUUUUAUUAGUCUUCAAAUAUUUUUUAUUUCUUUAUGCAAUGUUUUAGUGCCACUAUUAAAUGCAUUUUGUGCAAUGCUGAUGAAUGUCAACAAUUAAUAUUGGUCUCUAUGUACCGUUCAAUAAAUUGCACUUGAAUUUAGAUACCUACUAAAAAGGUAUUUCUGUCUUUCAAAUGUGUGCAGUUUCAAAAACAUUGCUCAUUUUCUUCUUUGCAUUACUUUUGAACCUAAUAAUAUGUUAAAAAUUAUUAUGUUGUAUUUGGUUCAGGAAGCUACUAAAUUAAUACCUUGUGAAUUAUACAG